AUGCGGCGGACCGCAUCAGGAGCGCGGCUAUCAAACGACGAGGUCUUGGCAGAGUUGAGUUCCACAAUGCUCCCUGACCGCAAACCAGCUGCAAAGAUUGUGGUUGAGCCCCCCUCUUUAUCCUCUCGCGGUGAAGAUGAUAUGCCACGCGGUGGCACCAAGUCUGACGCCUCGCCUAGAGCUGAGAUACGCGGUGAUGGUGUUCCCAAAGAAAGCGGUGCAACGAUGAUCCAGGAGUUGCGGCAAAAUAAGGCAAAGAACGUAAGAGCUUCCCAAGAACUGAAGUUGGGGCAGGGCAACGUCAUAGAUGACAUGAACGUUCUUCAACGUGGCUUACAAUCUCACCUCGUCGGUGCGGCGAAGCAAUCAAAUCUCUCAGAAGGGCAAACUUGUGGAUUACAAGCAAUACUGGAGGCAAACCUAGGGGAGCCUGAGCCGCAGCUGUCGACGGCGGAGGCAGGCUGGACUCAGUUUGUUUUCACCGAGCUACGGACAGUCAAGCAAAGGUUGGAAGAGGAAAUGCGGGGAUUGAAGGCACAUCAUGAGGCACAAAUGGGUGCUCUGCUUGAGAAGGUGAGCGAACAAUUUGGACACGUAAAUCAACUCAUCUCUCAGUUACUUACGGCACUGCAUUCGUUGCGGCAGAAUGAAUCCAAAGCCAAUAAGUUGGAGGUCUUUCCCCCUGAUGAUUCGCUUCCUGGAGGGGAGGAAAAGGUCCAGCUGGUGGUGAGUAUACCGUCUUCUACCGAGAGCCCCGAAGUCCUGCUUCCUAUAAGCGUCAACGCCACGGUAGGCAUGUGCAAGCGUGAGCUCUUGCGACGAAUUCACCAGCAAUGUUUGGUUAGUAGUGACGUUUCCUACUCCAAUGUUGUGCUUCUUCAGGACACCCGAACCCUGUAUGAAGAAGACGUCCUUCGGGAUGUUCUCGUCCCUGGCCCCCCAAACGCAAGCUCUUCAGGGGAGUUGGUGAAAUUGACGCUGCGCACAGUGCUGCCCAAACCGAUCCACGGCGCACCUUCAACAGAAGAGGAGGUCUGUGCACCCACGGCGAGUUCAACGGUUCCGCAGAAUGCCGCUUCCUCUAAUAGUUUUCACUCCGCUGCCGCUGUACCUAAGCACGGCGGUGGCAAACAGACUCCUGUGCAGACGAACGAAGGCACCUCUCAGUCACCUCAACCGAGCAGUUCCAAGCGUCACUUCGUCCCCAUAACCUCUACACAAGCCGAGGACUUCGGUAUGCUGCGUGUUGAGGAUGUGGAUGAGAUAAGCGGGAACGAAGCCCUGUAUCGUCGACUCGUAACCGAAUUAGAGCGGUCAGAGAGAGAAGGUCUCGUUAAGGAGGAAAAAUUGCAUUGCGUUGUAGCUGUCAAAGAAGGUCUAACACGUAUUCGUAUAUAUUUGUUGGAUCGUGCAGUCUACUCUCCCGUGGAGGUGCAUCGUCGCGUGGCCCGUAGCGCUCUUGAAGAGUUGCUCGCCGCCUCGGCACCAGGAGCCACGCUGGAGGAAAUGUCCCGGGCAAGCAGCAUGGCACAGACGGCGUUGCAAAGUAUCAGCUCUACCCAUGGAGAGGAUAGCCGUGUUGCUGCCGUGCAGGAGGGCAUGCGUGCGGCGCAAGAUAGGAAGCAACAGACGAUUGACGAAAUCAAAGAAUUAUGUGAAAAUAUGACCUAUCGCCUACGCAUCCCUUCAAAUAUGUUGAAGCGUGCGGAGUCUCUAACACAAGACGCACAGAGAGCUCUUAUAUUGGCACCCAGUAUGACGCAAAAAGAGUUGGACGAAAUACAUGAGUCGUUGGUAGAUUUUUCUAGAGCGGCUUCUUCCUGA